GGAACCCGUUCGCGCGAAUAUCGAAGCCUGCCACCAUCGCUCGGACUCGCGCCGUGACCAAAUUUCGGCGAUGUUGGCACCACCGAGACGACGAAAUAAGAGGACUCUUGAUGAAGAAGGGUCGGACCCGCGCCCUGAAAAAAAAAGAAGCCUUUCAGUCCGUUCCCAUGUCCUAUCCCAAGUGGCGUCUCAUCUAUCACGCAUCGGAGAAGUGCUUACGCCCGCCUGGAGACCUGUAAUGAUAUGAAUCAGCCUGAAGUGCUCUUCAUAUAUCUGAACGAGACUCUGACGAUUGGGAGGCAGGCAUGCGACCAUACUAUUGACAGCCCAUCUGUGUCGCGUGAGCAUUGCAAGAUUUAUGCAGUGAAAUCAGGAACGGAGGUAGAUGGAGUGAUACUAUGCUGCCAGGUUUUAGGCCUCAACGGUAUCCUGUGGAAUUCUUUUGAGAUAAAAUCUGGGUCAACUAUCAUAUUGCUUCAUGGGGACACUCUCAGAAUUAAGACUGGAGAAAGUUGCCGACACUUUACAUGCUACCUCCUGCGGACCCCCCCGACGAUUCAUGAUGCGCAGCAUCACCUAGAGGACUCCUGCACCAAGGUCGAGCGUCUAAAUCACUUCGUUGUGCAGGAUUAUGUGCUGGGAGAUGGGGCGCACGCUUCUGUACGUCUUGCUUUUGACACUGAGGCACGACGACAGGUUGCCUGCAAAAGCAUUCACCGACGCAACGGCGUGUGGAAGAAAAGUGUGGACGACAUGAUGAAAGAAGUGCAUGUUCUCCAAAAGCUGCGACAUCCUAACAUAAACUCCAUCUUACAUCAUGUGCUCACUUCCACUACUCUUCACUUGUUUAUUGAGCUAUGUACCGGAGGUGAUCUUUUUGCAUGGCUGGCUGCACGGCAGACUUUCAGCGAGCACGAGGCUCGCUAUAUGGCUUACCAACUCAUGCUCGGCCUUAUGUAUUUGCAUAAUGGGGGUCUUGCGCACCGAGACUUUAAGCCUGAAAAUGUUUUGCUCCAUGCUCCAGGCCGCUUCCCUCGGUUGCUCAUCGCCGACUUUGGUUACAGUCAAAAUUCCUCGCCGGAAGAAACCCCAGAUUCUGAGGGUGUUGCUGGAACUCUUGCUUACUUGCCUCCGGAAGCCGUGAAAGCAAUUUAUGAUAGCAGGUGGAUCGAUUACACACUUGUCGAUUGUUGGAGCUUUGGUGUUGUCUUGCAUGAAAUCAUCGCGGAUCGUCGUCCAUUUGAUCAAAUCCCUUCAACAACAAGUGGGCAAGCAACCUCUAGACUCACGAGCUACGCCAUUGCGAUGAGCCAAUCCCGCUCGACUUGUCGCACUCGGGAAUCGUUGGGUAUUGACAAAGCAUUGGCCAAGCGAAUUGUACAACAGCCCAUCGAACUCGGAGAAGGAAGAUGGCCGGAACUGCCUGACGUCCGAAAACUCGUUCUUGGUCUUCUUUGUAGAAAUCCUAUGAAGCGUCUUACGAUCGAACGGGCCCUUAAUUCGCCGUGGAUCUCCAGCCCCGAUAAUCUGGGGUCUCUCAAGCAUCGAUACGCAAAACACAUUCUGGAGCCCUUCAACGCCACCACAGAAAGCUAG